UCCAAACAAGCAUACCAUGAUUGCCGCUCACAGCAUCAUGUAUCAUGGAAACUGCCACUGCGGUCGUUAUCGUUUUCAUGUCUCAACGCCAGAGAUAACAUCAGCAAUAUCUUGUUCCUGUAGCCUAUGUGCGAAGAAAGGAUACUUGUGGCUGAGUCCGGCGGAAGGAUCAUUCACAGUUGUGAGAGAUGAAGGCUACCUUGUAGAGUACCAAACAUCUACGUUAAAAGAUAAAUUCUGUAACUACUGCGGAAGCGGAGUCGUGGGCGAGCAUCUGACGGGUCCGCUCCGAGGCAGAUUUUUGAUCAACAUUCGAACUUUGACAGAUCCAUAUGUUAACCCAUUCAAGCUUGAGUCAGAUCAGCGAUAUCCGUAAUCGAGGCUGAAGGCGAUACACGAUCGAUCGAACCUCUUUCGCAACAACCCAACGAGCCAGCUAUAAAAAGCUUGUUCUCGUGUCAUUGUGGUGAUGUCCGAGCUACUUUAUUGGGCUCAAUAGAAGAUGAAGAAUUGAAAGAGGAUAACUGCAGUAAAUGUGUGAGGAUGGCGUACAUCGGAAUUUACCCGAAUAAAGAAAAUGUGAGAAUUUACGGCCGAGAUCGAGUCUUCGAAUAUCUCACAGGUGGAAAAUUCACUGGGUCUACGUUCUGCAAAACUUGCGGCGUUCAUGUUUUUAGCAACAUUUAUGGCCCUCCCAUAAGCAUCUUUGACAAACUUCCAGCGGAGAGGAAAGAGAGGGCCUUGUCAGUGUAUUACAAGAAUAUGGCAAUGCAGCCUCUAAAUUUGCGGGCGAUAGAGGACGUGAAAUUAGACACUCUUCGCCCGCUGAUCAAGAGGGAAGAUGAAGGAACAGAUGGGUAUGGGCUUGAUCCCUGAUUGUUAAGAUCCUGCAGAUUGAUGUUUUCUGUUCCAAAUUUAAGCACAUAUACUAAUAGUAACGAAAUGCC